UUUACCCAUAAAUAGAUAGAAAAUGAAUUAAUACACUCACUGAUGCAAUUUUACACUGAAUAGUUUAUUUACAAGCUUAAAAAAUAUAAAAUCCCUAGAGCGAGAUUGUCCCUCCAGCCUUCCCUUAAGUCACUGGCUCGCCCGGCUGUAAAUAAGCAUGAGGGUCACAGCUGUCCUGCGCCGCCAGCACCUCGGCAACCAGUUUAUCUACCACUGGAUGAUUCAAGGGAGGAAGAGAAUCAGGGAGGAUGGCAUGAAGGCAGCGCUCAGCAGUAAGGGAAUCAAUAUUGUCGACCCUAAAGAUGUGCUGACCCCUGUUAUCCCGCUGAAGAAGGUGCCAGAACCCCCGUCACUCGAGGAAACCUUCACCCCGCCCCCCCCAGAGAAGAGAGACACCCCCUGCCAUGUGUUCACCCAACGCUUCUCACCAAUCAUGGGUCUUAGCCAGGCACAGCUCAUCACCAACACCCUCAUCCGCACCGCCCUGCCGCCACACAUCACCAAGCGCGCCGAUGAUACACACACCACGCCUGAGAUGGGUGAAAGGGUGAAGGAGGCUAUCCUACACGCCCACCUCCUCGACUCACACCAGGAGCAGCUGCCUCGCCUCCCAGACGUCACCAAGCAUCCUGGCUGGGUCUUCCCUGUUGAGUAUGGCAUUCCCCUUCGCAGGAAAAACAAGACACUCAACUACCAGCUGCUCCUCCUGCUGGACCAAGUGGAGGGCUGUGGACUGGAGAGGCAGCUUGUUGAGGACAGUUCCAUACAAGUCUUGCUUCAACAUGGCAAUCGCUUGAUGCAAAUGAAACACGACGCAGCAUAUCUGGUCUCCUCUCCCCAGCCCCUCCCCCCUGUGGCCAGCCUGGAGGAGGUGCAGGAGGCCUCUGGGAGUGAAGAGAUGCCUGAUAUUUACCCCAUGUCUCCCUUCAUUAACUGCCGCGCCCGUGACACAUACUCCUUAGACGAACGCUAUGGUGUGGAGUCGGCCAGCUUGCACCCACACACAGUCUUCAUGCACCACAACCAGCCACGGAUGCGCCAGUCUCAGGAUGGCUUCAUGGGCAUGUCUCUCCUGUAUGCCUUCUCCCAUGCUGCUGCCUAUGCCAAACUGGUCCAGAAGAACCCAACUGGAGACCUGAAGACCCCAGUAACAGUGCAGGUGGUCCACAUUCACUGCCAGCAUUACCACGUUGGCAUCUUCCAGCUCAACACACUCAACCUCACUCCAUCCUCUCAGAACCCUACCAGGAAUCUCUUCUGGACUCAAACCUGGGACUGUUUAUUCAACUCCUGCAAGUUUGAGACAGGCCGCCCAGUGCUUCAAGGUUAUAAUCCCAGGGUGUUUAAUCUUCUAAGGGCUCUCCAUGCUCAGGGGUAAAAGGAGAGUGGAGUAAUGGUAGCUUCUGUAUUUAUAACUCCCUGUGACUUCACUUUAAGAGGGUUACAAGACUCUUACCCCUUUUGGCUAACUCUCAGACCUGCAAGGGGAAUCGGCAACUAAGUGGUAAUUUUUUUUAUAUAUUUUUGUUGUCUUUAGCCAGUUUUUCCGUCGUACUUAUAAAAAUCAAGAGUUUAAAUGUAAAGUUGAGACAAUGGCUGAUAUUUGAAGGCUUUAAUCCCACGAGAGAGAAGUUUGUACAUUUCUCUUCUGUUGUGAGUGAGAAUAUGAGAGAUGAAGGCUGUAGAAGUGUUGUUGAUAGCUGUGUGUGUGAAUGUGAGAUGUGUACACUCCUCUUUGGUCAAAUUAGAAAGUUCUUUGGUUCCUUCCUAUGUGCAUCACAAGUCACUGAAGGAAACCAGGUAGGCAAUGGAACUCCCUGUCUGCCUGUGAGAACCAUGAAGAGAGAGAGAGAGAGAGAGAGAAAGAUAUAGGAAGGUAGAAAUUGGAGGAGGAUAAAGGAGGAGGAAGGAAGGUAGAAACUCAGAGGAUGAUAAAGGAGGAAGAGAAGGAUUUAGGUAAGAAACUGAGGAAAAUAGAGGAGGAGGAGGAAGGUAGAAACUCAAAGGAAGGUAAAGAAGGAGGAGGAGGAGGAGGAAGGAAGAAAACACUCUCAACUGGGGUGGGGAUAGUCACAAAACACAUCCUACAGUAUUGGAUAACUCUUGUAGCAGGUCCCUGUGGUCUCUUUACCAGCCUUUCUGUUGCUGUACUGUGACUGGUGAACAUGCACAGACUUCCCAGAAUGAAGGAUGUGCUGACCUGUACAGAGAAAGGCAACAUUGGCAUUAUCGUGUACAGAUUUGGAAUGGUGCUGAAUGUGGACGAUUGUACAGAAAAUAUUAAAUAAAAUGAUGCUUUAAGUGAAA